AUGGAUCGCCACCACCCUGUCGACGCUCUCCUCCUCACCUCUCCACCAACCACCACACCACCUACCAACUGGCGGAGGCGGCGGAGGCCGAUCCAGGUACGAGUACGAACCUACCACCUCCGCCGCCACCUGUCCUCCUCCUUCCGCCUCCUCUUCCUCACCCCCAUCCCCAAUCCUCGAUUCCAAUCACUACUCCCACCCCCACCAUUCCUCCCUCCGCCGCCGUCCCCGCGCGCCGGAGGCGGCGCCGCCGCUCCUCCGGCAACCACGGCAUGGGGAGACGACAGGGCGCCCCUACUCUCGCCUACCACCCUCCCACGAUCCCUUCCCCCAUCACCCUCCUCCGACCGCCUCCGCAGCCCCUAUCCCCAGAGCACACCGAUUGCGUGCCCUAUCCCGCGAAUUCGACCACCCUUCCCGUCCCUCGCCGUCCGGCUCGCGAGGGAGGUUUCGCCCCGGGAGUUCUGGGCGGCGGCGGCGGUUUUCGAGAGGGCUAGGGCCGAUUAG